AUGUUCCCAGCCAUGCAGGCGCAGGUCUUUGCCAACGAGCGCUUCUCUCGGUCUGGCCCUUCGCUCGAGAGUACAUCUUCCUACUCGACUGUGGUGCAACGCCGCAAUGUCCGCAGCUUUUCAACCAGCUCAUUAUCUUCUGGUGGCUCUUCGGUGCUCGGUAGAGGGCCUGUAAAGCCUACCGAGCGUAGAUUGAGCCUCUCAGCAGUGUUCAGCCGUGGCGCCGAGGCUCUACGUGGCAGUGACUGUGAUCGGCCAAUUGUGAAGCUCGUGGACGUUGAUGAGGAUGUUGAAAAUCCUUGCACAAUUUCUGACGCCGGCGAGUCCAUCGACGGCAAUAUCACGAUUGAGGAAGAUACGGUCGAGCAGCCUGCCAGAUGCCGAAGGGGAUGUGAUGGACUGGCCGGAGUCUCCGGCUUCAAACACAUUUGGAAGAUGGCUCAGCACACUGAAACGCAGGAAGAGAGAUCCACUGCCGCUCACAACCCAUCAAAUCUACCCUCGUUCGUGGCCUAUGACGAUUUCGGCGAGCACUAUGAGCUCCUCCGACUGACGGUCGUUGACUCGCAGCAGUCAAUACAGAAUUGGCCCGAGUACGAUGCCGCAUUUGAGACUCUCGCAUACACACUCAAUCCUUUGCAGCGGCGCAACGACAACCAGAAGAGAGCCUUACGUGUCCGGGAUCUGCUCAUCAAGCCUAUACAGCGCUUGCCACGGUAUAUGCUUCUAUUUCAGGAUCUUCAAAAGCUUACGCCGGUAUGCGAUGACCCAGGCGCCCAUGCUGGUCUUGAGGACAUUGUAGGACAACUAGAAGCGGCUUGCGAGCGACUCAAUCGCAGCCGUCGAAGCCUUGAUCACACCCGUGUCCUUGAUUCUACCUGGCUGGUCAGCGAGCGACUCAGCUUUCACAAUCAGCUACCUCGUGUGGCUUUUCUGAAACUACUUGGAAAUGUCGAAUUAUGUGGGUGUCUACACAUCGCCUAUCGCAGCAAGGAAGAGAUCAAAGGUCGAUAUGUCAUCAGCGUUCUGUUCGAGACAACUCUACUUUUGGCUAUUGUGGACGAUGCCGACACGACCUACAACGUGCUCGCCGGCAUAGCACUGGGUAAUGUGACAAUGGCAGAGACAGACAAUGGCCGUGGCUUGCAGUGCCACACAGCACCGCACUCCUGGAAGCUUGUCUACGAGCAUCAGACGAGGAUGUACGAGCUGAUCUUUACAGCCUGCUCCGGAACAGAGGCCAGAGUCUGGCGUGAGCGGAUCGCGCAAUGUGCAAUGUUGCAGACAAAGGUCGCUGCCGAGAGCAAUCGAGGCAGCUUCGAACUAUUCUCGCCACUUGUGGAUGAUAUGAGGACAAUAGGUAAGGCGAUGGGCAAGGCCGGCAGUUUUGUUCGCCGCAUGUCUCACGACUCGAUCCGCCGAGCGGCGACCGUCGCCAGCACCACCAACUUGAGCCAGGUCAUCAUUAAGAACACACAGGCAUGUAAAGAGGCUCUAGACCCAGCGCAGGCGACACUGCAGAUCCCUCGGUCUCAGUCUGUAGCUACACCUAGCCAUGUGCAGACGCUGGCCCCUCGACGCGCCGAGAGGAUACGCAUAGAAGCCUUGCUCAGCGAUGUCUGGACAAAAGACGUUCUACCUUACCCUGGCAUGACACCACGCCGCUCUGAUCCUAUCCGCGCUUCGGCCAAUCACGUCAUGCGCAAAUUCAGUAUGGCAAGCAUAACGAGCAACUUCUCGACUUCCAAGCGCAAUGCUUCGUACUCAAGUAUGAGCAGUAGCCGCAAGGAGGAUAUGCCACCUCCAAGAACGACUGGAUCUGGACGUGACCGGAGGCCGACCAGACCUCCGCCUGUGAGUUUUCAAACUGCACCAGAUGCGUUCUUGCCUGAGGACUUCACCGUAGGUGGCACCAUGCCUAGAACUAAGCGAUCUGCUUUGCGCACUCUCACCAUGACAUUGGAGCGACCAUUCAGUCCGGCUCCAAGCGAAAGAAAACCUGAGCCACUGCGUCGAGCGCAGAGUGUGCAUGAUGCGAACAGCGCAGAUACGCCUCCAGCGUACACUGUCGUGCAACAACGUGCAAACACACCCGCCCCGUCCUCUACAGGGCAAGGUACAGCAGGAGCUAGCGAGGCUGGAGCCACGACACCGCGCAAGACUCAGAGCAAGAGUAGGCUGUUGCGGAUGUUUGCUUAG